AUGAUGGCCCCCGUCACGAAAGAUGGCGCAGACUCCGUGGCAUUUGCAGUGACCAAUGGAGUGAAGCAAGGCUGCGUAUUCGCUUCCACCCUCUUCAGCCUUGUGUUCUCUGCCAUGCUGAUCGACGCCUGCCGUGACGAGCGUCACGGUAUACGCACCACCUACAGCACUGACGGUCAUCCUCUCAACAGCAGGUGCAUGUAAGCCCCCACGCGACCAUCUACGACCACAGUCCACGACCUGCUCUUUGCCGACGACUGCGCGCCCAACACCUCGACCGAAGUGAACAUGCAACGAAGCAUGGACCUCUUCGCCGCCGGACGUGCCAAAUUCGACCCCACAGUCAUUACGGAAGAAACGGUGAGCAUGCGUUAACCAACACCGAACGCUGAAUACAACUCUCCUCAGAUCACUGUGAACGGUAACCAAUUCCAAACUGUGGAAAGCAUCGUCUAUCUAGGAAGCACACUCUAACGCAACACAAACUUCAACAGCUAGCUUGUCCGUCGGCUCACCAAAGCCAGCCAGGCCUUCAGCUGGCUAUAAGCAUUACUGCGGGACCGCCAUGGCUUUCAAUUGAAUCCAAACCGAAAAUGCACGAGGCCGUCGUCUUGACGACACUCCUGUACGGAGCGGAGAGCUGUACCACCUAUAAAAGCCAAGUCAGGAAGCUCAACCACUUCCAUCUCAACUGCCUUCACAGACUACUAAAGCUGAGAUGGCAGGACAGGAUCCCAGACACGGAGGUCGUAAAACAAACCGGAAUUCUCAGCGUCCUCGCCGUGCUGAGACAAUUGCAACUGCAACUGCGAUGGAGCAGCCAUCUGGUGGAAAUGGACGAAGCUCGCCUACCAAAACAACUCUUCUAACAGCCACGCGUUCCAGAAGACCGCUUAUUCGGUUGGCCUACGUACCCUGGUGUUGUUCAUCGUGUUUCUCAGGUACGCGGGGGAUGACUUCCUGUGGUGUACUGGGUAUAGUACAACCACAGGAGGGAACAUACAAGGGAACAUGGACCUUUUCGCCGAUGCCUGUCACAACUUCGGCCUGAUAAUCAACACUGAGAAAUCGGCGGCUCUGCACCGGCCACCACUCAACGCUGCCUACAAUGCACCUCACAUCGACGUCAACGGUUCCCAACUGCAAGCUGUCGACACUUACACCUACCUGGGCAGCACCCUCUCUUGCAGUAGUAAAAUCGACGAUGAGAUGGGACGCCGAAUCUCCAAAACAGCCAAGUCUUCGAUCGCCUUCAGAACAUUGUCUAGAAUUGUUGCUGUCUCCAACUCAGCAUCAAACUUAAAAUGUACAUAG